AUGGAGAGAUCAAAGAAGAAAGCAGAAAAGAUAGAAUUGAUGCAAAAUCUUCCAGAUGAUAUGAUUGUGGAAGUUCUCUCGAGAUUACCAGCUAAGUCUUUGUAUAGGUUUCGUUGUGUUUGCAAGUCAUGGUCUGAUUUGAUAUGCCCUCACUUCAUUAGAUUGAACGAAAACCGUCACAAUCUUUUUCUUUUGUUUGAGCAACAUUAUUCCAUUUUAGAUUUACAUGAAGCAACUUCUGAUGUUGUUGCGGCCAAUGCUUCAAUGGUGAAGGUUGAGUCUUCAAUUUUCAAGGAUUAUUCACCAAUUUCAUCACUGCUUGCUGAUGCUCGGAUACUUACUUCUUGUGAUGGGUUGCUUUUAUCUGUGCUUAAUAAGAAAAUGCAGAAGCUAUUUCUUUUCAAUCCAUUUUCUGGAGAAUACAAGGUAAUUCCACCUUAUGGUGCUCGUUUCCGUCAUGGUCAAAGGGGUGGACAGGUUUUUAUCCUAAACCAUCCUUCACCGUUUUCUCCUUUAAAACUAAUUCGUGGACAAGAAUCAGAUUUGGUUGUUCUGAAUUGGAUUGUUGGCAUUGAUUGGACAGUCCCGGUCUCAUUGAAUGGAGCUUUACAUUGGAGUGCCUGGUACAAGAACGAGAUAUUAUGUUUCGAUUUGAAGGAUGAAUUUAAGCAAGUGCCAGGACCUCCUGAAGAAAUCUUUACUGGUAACUUCUUUUCUUUGGAUGCCUUGAAAGGGAAUUUGUGCCUGGGGUUCUGGUUUGAGCUUGGGUACAUUUCUGGUGAUGGAAAUGAAGCAAUAUGGAGUGAAGGAAUCCUGGACUCGAGUAUUUAG